AUCCGUAUCUCCAGCUGAGGCUGCGAGGGCUUUCGAUGUUUCCAGCAUGUGGUUAUGAACAAACACGAUGAUGUCCCAGCUCAGGAGGUCGUUCCUGACUCUCUUGUCUGGACGUUGGAGACCAGCGUCCACCUGCAGCCAGCUUUUUCAAGACUGUGAUGGCGGCGGUGGUCUGGUCCUUCAUUCUCAGUGCACCGAUGUUUACCAGAACCUGGCCCUGGAGGACUGGAUCGACGCCAACGUGGACCUGCAGCGGCGCCACGUCCUGCUGCUGUGGAGGAACCAGCCGGCCGUGGUCAUCGGGAGACACCAGAACCCCUGGACGGAGUGCAACCUGCCGGUGAUGAGGACGGCGGGCAUCCCGCUGGCACGGAGGCGCAGCGGCGGCGGGACGGUGUACCACGACCUCGGGAACCUCAACCUGACCUUCUUUGCGUCCAAAAAGGCGUACGACCGGCAGAGGAACCUGAAGGUGGUCACCGACGCGCUGAGGAGGCUCCGCCCCCAGCUGGACGUUCAGGCCACCGACAGAUUUGACAUCCUGCUGAACGGACGCUACAAAAUCUCAGGCACCGCCUCCCGGCUGUGCCGCGCCACGUCCUACCAUCACUGCACGCUGCUGCACUCGGCGGACCGCUCCGCCCUGUCCAGCGUGCUGUCCCCCUCCUGUCCCGGCAUCCUCAGCAACGCCACGCCCAGCGUCCCGUCGCCCGUCGCUAACCUGCGCGACCACGCCCCCUCGCUGCGGCUGGAGGAGCUCAUGGACGGACUGGAGCAGCAGUACAACGCCGAGUUUGGCCUCGGCGCCCCGCCGGCGCUCGUCGACCCGACCGACGAGUCGGCGUUUCCCGGGAUCUCCAGCAUGGCGGCAGAGCUGCGCCGCUGGGACUGGACGUUCGGCAGGACGCCCAAGUUCAGCCUGGACGCCGAGCUCCGGCUGCUGGACGAGCAGACGGGCGCUCGCCGCCCCGCCCGGCUCCGCCUGGAGGUGAGGGGCGGGCGGAUGGACUCCUGCCGGCUGGACGUCCCGGCCGACUGGCUGCCGGAGCGGCUGAGCCUGGCGCUGAGCGACGUCCUGCUGGGAGAGCGCUUCUGUCCGUUCCGGGCCGCCGCCGCCGUCUGCACGCUGCUUCGCUCCGAGAGCGGCGCUCUGCACGCAAGGCUGAGGAACCUGGGGGACGCUGUGGUGAGCGCCAUGGGCUGAGGGGAAGGCGCCGCCUCCUGCAGCUGGACUGAAACUCUUGAAUGGACCUUUUUAUUUCACACUUUGUGUGGAAUGUUUGACUAAAUGUCAGAACUUUUGUUUGUGUAAUAAAAGAUUUUCCUC